AUCUAGGGCACAAAACUGAACCUGUCGACAGUUGAUACAAAUUGGAGCUGUUGUGCUUUGAAUUCGAGCUACCAUGUCUUCUCGACACGAUAAUAGACACCCUGACGGCGAUGGAGGUGGAGGUUCUUCACCUUAUGAUGUGUUUGAAGAUCGGGAUUCACAAAUUCAGAAGCACAAAGGCCGUGAAGAUAAUGAUAGGUCAAAGACCAGAGAGCGGGAUCGAGAUAGGGGAAAAGAUAGAGACCGACGACACAGGGAUUAUCCGGAAAGAAGUGGCAGGGAUGAGAGAGGAAGGGAGAGAAAUGAUGAUGAUGGGCGUUCCAGAAAUCGUGACUAUAGCAGGCGCCAUGAUUAUGAUCGAGAUAGAGAGAGGCAUCACAGACACAGAUCACGUUCUGCAUCACCUGAUCGAUCAAGGGAAUCAUCUAGAUCUCGCUCAAAAAGCAAGAGGACGAGUGGUUUUGACAUGGCACCACCUACUGCUGCAACUUUGCCAGGUGCAGUUGGGCAAUUGCCAGAUGCUCCUCAAUCAAUGCCUGGAAUGUUCCAGAAUAUGUUUCCUUUCGGGACAGCACAGUUGGGAGCUCUUCCCUUGAUGCCAGCUCAAGCAAUGACUCAGCAGGCCACGAGGCAUGCACGUCGAGUAUAUGUUGGCGGCUUACCCCCUUUAGCCAAUGAACAGACUAUAGCAACCUUUUUUAGCCAUAUUAUGACAGCCAUAGGAGGAAAUUCUGCUGGGCCAGCAGGUGAUGCCGUGGUCAAUGUGUACAUUAACCAUGAAAAGAAGUUUGCAUUUGUGGAGAUGAGAACAGUUGAAGAAGCAAGUAAUGCGAUGGCAUUGGACGGGAUCAUCUUUGAGGGAGUCUCUGUGAGAGUCAGAAGACCCACGGACUACAAUCCUUCAUUAGCUGCAACUCUUGGCCCUAGCCAACCAAAUCCAAACCUUAAUUUAGCUGCUGCCGGGCUUACCCCAGGUGGCAUUGGUGGAGCUGAAGGACCUGACCGGAUAUUUGUUGGGGGGUUACCAUAUUACUUCACUGAGGUACAGAUAAGAGAGUUGCUAGAAUCCUUUGGACCGCUGCGUGGGUUUGACCUUGUUAAGGACAGAGAUACUGGAAACUCCAAAGGAUACGGUUUCUGUGUCUAUGAGGAUCAAGCAGCUACGGACGUUGCUUGCGCUGCACUAAAUGGCUUAAAAAUGGGUGAUAAAACACUGACAGUCAGGCGUGCAACCAUCAGUAGUGGACAGAUGAAAACAGAACAGGAGACUAUAUUAGCCCAGGCACAGCAACAUAUAGCUAUGCAGAAAAUGGCCUUACAAGUUGGUGGGUUUAACCUUCCCGGAGUAGGGAUGCCCAGAGCACCUGACGAGGUUCCAACUAAAGUUUUGUGCUUGACUGAGGUGAUAAGUGCUGAUGAAUUGAUGGAUGAUGGAGAAUACGAAGAAAUUUUGGAGGAUAUGAGAGAAGAAGGACGGAAAUUUGGAGAUUUGACAAAUGUGGUAAUUCCUCGUCCCGAUCCAAAUGGAGAGCAAAUUCCUGGUCUUGGGAAGGUGUUCUUGGAGUAUGCAGAGUCGUCUGAUUGUGCAAAGGCCAAGGAUUCUUUGGGUGGUCGGAAAUUCGGAGGGAACGUGGUGACGGCCGUCUACUAUCCGGAGGACAAAUACUUGCAAGGGGACUAUGGGGCUUAGAAUUUCUUUUACAACAAUUAAACCUUUUUUUUAUUUUUUAUUUUUUUUUCUU